AUGAAGACUGCACUUCAAGUUCUGGCAGUUUUGCCGUUCUUGGCGACUUCCGUCGUUGCCACGAACCCGGUAACGACCUGUCGUACUGAGCUUGGCACCAAAUCGACAAACCAUGUGUCUACUGUCACCAAGACCUCUACCAGCAGCCAUCAGCCCACCACUACCCUCACCAUCCGCCCAACGGUGACGAGCUAUGUUGGCCUGUGGUACACUGUUACCGGUUUCGCCACCAAGACCAAGACUGUCACGGAUAAAACUGUGACAGAUACCUUUUCCACCACAUCUACCGUGUUUGCUGUCGAGACGGACACGAUCACGGCAACCGUGACUACCACUACCACAAACACUGACACUACCUCGUCAACCUCGACCACCGUGGUGCCAACUACUGCGGGCUUCCGAAACAUUCAGGAUACGGUCAACUCCGAUACCCUCAAUCGUCGUGCCCUCGACCACCCUCACCCUCCCCGGGCUCAAGUGAAGAAGCCCCAGGGUCUUAAGGCCUCAAUGUACCCUACCAAGGUGGAUUGUACCAAGAUUCUGCCCAACACCAAGACCAAGACUGUGCAGUCUACCGUGCACCCCGUCACGGAAACCAUUUUCUACUGGAGAGAGACUACCAAGACCAGCACUCUUACUUCUACCAAGACUGUUGUUCCCGCUGAUGUCUCAUCCACCGUUACUUCCACCUACACUUCCAGUGUGACCACUUUCACAACCACCUUCGAGACUAGCACUGUCACAGCCUCCACCACCACCACCGCCAUUAUCCCUGGCCCUACCGUCUAUGACGCCUGCAGCAACUUGAACACCUUUGGCCCCAACUUCAGCAACAAUGGAAAACGCUACUAUGCUGUCAACGUCGCCAACAACGGCCCCGGUGUCGGUUCCGAUUUCAACACUGUCGCUGACGGCGCCAGCACCGCAACCGAUUGCUGCAAUGCUUGCCAGCAAUUCGGAACUUGCGAGACAUUCAUUUUCCGCCCCAGAAACCGAAACUGCUUCUUGCUGUACCACCCUGGCGAGACCUGCGCAUCCCAGUCCAACCACCCUAACUUUAUCCUCUCCAUCGCUGGCAGCGACACUGGCGAAGGAUAUGUCGUUGGUAACGGUAACUGCGGCUACACUUACAGCGGUAACAGCGAUGGCACCGUUUUCCCUGCCUACCAGUAA